AGAAGCAAAAGUCGGACAAAAAUGGGAUGAAAAGCAACGGAGUCAGAGAUCCAAACACAGCCCAUCAUGUGUUCCACGGCUCUCAAUACACCUCCUCCCACCUAAUCAAUUUCAAAUUUUAAAAUGUCAUCCCAACUUUCGGACCGUUAAGAUUGACAUCGAGUCUCUAUCGAUCUCUGUAAUGUAACUAUCUCUCUUGCUCCGUGAAAUACCAAAAGUAGAAAACAAUCAAGUCACAGACUUUGCCCCCCUACUCUCUCUCUCUCUCUAAACCUCCUUAGUCGAGCUGAAAGCUCCCUAGUCUUCUUCACUGCUUAUCUUGAUACCCAUAUCAAUUUUUGUGAACUGAACUGAGUCAAAAAUGAAGGGAAUGAAGGGAAAGUUACUAAAGAAAUUGAAGUCCAUUAAGCCAAUUGGGUAUUUGAAGACAGACCGAGUUCUUCACCUCAAUGCAUCAGAUGGGUUCGUCGAUUAUUUGCCGAUUAAAUCAAAUCCCAAAGUCCAUACCCAGAUGGUUUGCGAAGAAGAAGACAAAGAGAACAUCAAUCAGAGCACUGUAACAGUUCAAGAGCCAGAGAUUAUCGAUGUUUCAGAGCUCAUGAGAGACCUCACAGAUGAUGAAGUGGACUUGGAAAACGAUAUCGACAACAAAGAAAACAUUAGGCCAAAAACAGAGUCUGAAAACCCAGUUGCUCCGAUAGAGAUUUCGAGUUCAUUGAAGCCACAAAAUCGAAAUUCAGAACCCCAUGAAUUGCCAGAAUCAAGAAAUUGUAAUUCCAUACAAACCCCUUUGUCGGAAAUUGAUGUCAACAAUUUCCGGCGGCCGGAAUUGAACUCUGGCAGCCUCUUCGACCCGAACCUCCUCGCGGCAUUUGAGCAGGUAGUAAUGAUAAUAAAGGCGGAAGAAGCAGAGAGAAGAGCCAGAAUUGAAGAAAUGAAUCGCGAAAACACCCAAGAAGAACCGCCAUUGAAAGCCCGAAAAAUCGAAGAAAACAGAGAUCCCCUGUUUGAAAUAGAAGAAAACAGGAAUCCGCUGUCUGAUUUCGAAGAAAAGUGUCCUCCGGGAGGUUCAGAAUCGGUAAUUUUCUACACCACAGGCCUCAGAGGGAUUCGAAAGACAUUCGAGGACUGUAAUAGCAUCCGAUUCCUACUUGAGAGCUUUCGGGUUCUCUUCUUCGAAAGAGAUGUGUCGAUGCACUCCGAAUUCAGAGAAGAGCUAUGGAGGAUAAUGGGAGAGAAAGUAGUCCCUCCGAGACUAUUUAUCAAAGGGAGGUACAUUGGUGGAGCUGAGAAAGUACUGACCAUGCACGAGCAAGGGAAGCUCCGGCCGCUCUUCGAGGGCCUUCCGAUGGACCGAUCAGAAGGCCCGUGUGAAGGGUGUGUCGGGUUUCGGUUCGUAGUGUGUUUUAGAUGCAAUGGAAGUCAUAAGGUGUUUUCCGGCGACGACGAUGGUGGGUCGCCGGAAAAUUGCUUGGAGUGUAAUGAGAAUGGGCUGAUUAUAUGCCCAAUUUGUUGCUAAAUUUGAUCAUUUUUUAUUGCAUUUUUUUUCUUCUUCUUUAUAUCGUUGAUUGCUGUCUACUGUUAUGGAUAUUCUUUUCAAUUAUUUGGUGAUGGUUGUGAUAGAAAUUGAAGUUUCUAUGACUUGGGUUGGAGUGUAAUAAGAAGACCGUUGAAGUUAAUUGAAAUUGAAGAAUAGAGAGGACUUGGAUUGGAGAAAUAUGAUGCAUUUUGAAGUGAUAAGUUUGGUUCUAUUUGGUAAGUUUUGGAGCAACGAAAGGUUUAUAAAAGGUGAAUUGAGUUUUGUUUUCUGUCUUCAUACAACAUUCGACAUCUUUAUUUUAGUGUAAACCUUGAAUUUUCUUAUCGACUGGCCAUGUUUGGCAAGUAGCUUUCAGUUGGUUUCUUAUCUUAGGCCCUGUUUGCCUUUCUAUUCUAUAAAUGACAAGGAAAACAAAAUGUCAAAAUA